CGCCUCGCGCACUUUCGAUUCUGCCUGCAGCCGUUUAAGUCCUGCUGCCGCCCGGGGUUGGGGUAAGGCGCCCCGCAGAUUUUCCUUUCUUUCCCCUUGGGAGGCAAGGGCCGAGGGACCUUCAGUCCCUUGUAGCCUCAUGUAGGCACUCGCGGGUUUAACAGCCUCGACUAACGGCCUCGGGGUGUCCGGAAGGACUUGAAAUUCUCCAUCAGUGAAAUCCUAGCUUCUGCGGAGCGACUACUCUCCCACUCCGGACCCUGGCCGAGCCCGGGAGUAGGGCUGGAAGCAGCCUAGCUCCUCCGGGUAGGCUGAGGUCGCUACCCCCCACCCUUCUCCAACGCUGCAUAUUCGCUCCCCCAAGACUCAGUGGAAUGGGGGCCAGAAGCCUGGCCAGCUCCAGCCCGUUGUCCCUCCGGUCACCCUGCCCUACAAGCCAGCCUUUCUCCUGAAAGACACAUUCCAGAAAUCUCACUCUUAACUGACAGGAGCCUUGGAUCCCAGACCUGAACCAGGCAGAUUGAGCUCCCCUGCAGUAAUGAAAGGAAAUACACUGAAAUGUCUGAUCCCAGAAUCCCGUUGAAAACUCCCCCUGAAUGAUGGGUGAGACAUUCUCCCAUUUGGGCUCUCGGGAGGAGAACAGAUUGAUCCUGCCCCCCAGCCCGGCCACUGGCAGCAAUGCUACCAGCUACUUCAGCACCCGAAGCAGCAAAUCCUUCUGUUCCCGAGCGCCUUGUGAAGGGGCUGCCCGUGCCAGCUUUGUGACUUGUCCCACCUGUCAGGGCAGCGGGGAGAUCCCGAAAGAGCUAGAGAAGCAGCUAGUGGCCCUCAUCCCCUAUGGGGACCAGAGGCUGAAGCCCAGGCGCACGAAGCUUUUCGUGUUCCUGGCCGUCCUCAUCUGCCUCGUGAUCUCCUCCCUUAUCGUCUUUUUCCUGUUUCCCCGGUCCAUCGCCGUCCAGCCCGCGGGCCUCAACUCCUCCACGGUGGCCUUUGACGAGGGUGACAUCCACCUCAACAUAACGAAUAUCUUAAACAUCUCCAAUAGCAACUACUACCCCAUUACGGUGACCCAGCUGACCAUCGAGGUUCUGCACCUGUCCCUCGUGGUGGGGCAGGUUACCAAUAGCCUCCUCCUCCACAUCGGUCCUUUGGCCAGUGAACAGAUGUUUUAUGCAGUGGCCAACAAAAUCUGGGAUGAAAACACAUACAAAAUCUGUUCCUGGAUGAAAAUCAAAGUCCACCACGUGCUUUUGCACAUCCAGGGCACCCUGACCUGUUCCUACCUGAGCCAUUCAGAGCAGCUAGUCUUCCAGAACUAUGAGUACGUGGACUGCCGGGGAAACUCCUCAGUGCCCCACUUGCUGGUGCCUCAUCCGCCGUGACCUGCCUGCUGGUCCCACACUCCAGGCCCCUGCCAGCCUGGGCUGUAUCUCCCAGAACCCAGGGAAGGACUAUAGUGACUUUGCCAAAGGAAAAGCUCUGCUUUAUUCUACCUCCCCCCACCACACACACCCCCUCAACCACAGGAAGCUCUAUGUGGAAGUUAACUUUACAUACACACACACACGCGCGCGCGCGCACACACACGCACAGAUGCACGUCACUCACGUCCUCUGACUUCCACCAGAAAAGAAGUCUGGUUCUUCUAGGAGCCAGUGCCAGGCUUUCCCCUGUGUCUGUCUUGAGAAGAGUCUGACCUGAGACAGCCUUGAGGUGUUUGGAGUGGCAUCUGCUCUCUGUGCUGAGAACCUUGGUUGCCUCGCUCCCCUGGGGCUGGCCUUCCUCCUGCCUGAAGGGAGAAAUCUUUAAUUUUAUCUGGCUUUUAAAACAUGGAUCUUUUUCAGGUUCCCCACCCAAUGAUGGGAGGGUGACUUGAGGGAUGUCCGUGCGGAUGUCCGUGCGGUCUCGUUCCUUCUGGCUUUGGUCACGUGACAAAGGGGUGGGGCUGGUCGAUUUCUCUCCUGGGAACUUAUGCCCCAAUGGCAAGGUUGGCUAAGGGCCUGCAGCUCCCUGGCCUCCCCGGUUAAAGGCUGUCCCCCUUCCUAGGAAGACAGAGCUUUUCUCUGGCUAUAGCUUCUCGCCAGAAAAUCGUUUUAUUAUUCCCAUCACAGCAGGAGCAAACAUAGUAGGGGAGGAGAGGGAGGCAUCUGGCACCCACUCCGUCUCUCCAGGAAAAAAAAAAGCAGAUGAAGCCAGAGUCACUUGGGAAGGCAUUUAUUGAAGUUAGGCUUCUGGCUGGUGGUCGGCCCACAACCCUGGACCCAGGUCAGUCAGCUGAUGUCCCCCGCUGCCACUCUGCGAUAGCUUGCAGAGGUCAAGCUGUCAGGAUUCGGCCACAAGCUGCUGGGCUCUAUGGCCUCCCCAGGUUAGUUCCAAGGCCCAUCCUUUGCUCCCAGAGGCCUCUGCUUUCCUUCGGGCAUGGGCAGGCUGGAACUGCACAUCAGGAGGGGCUGGUCUUAACCUCUCUUUGCUGUCACUCAGAUGAAGAAGGGAAGUCCCAGCUAACUGGGCUCCCACUGGGCUCCAGCUGGAGGCACUGAGCAGGAAUGGUAAUUGCUUGCUAAAGGCAGCUGUGGUUUCUCUCAGGCCUGGAGAUGAAUUAGGUGGUGGGGAAAGCUGAAUGCCAAGUUGGAUGGGUGGAGAGGAGGCAGUGGGGACAGCACCUGGCUAGCUGGCUGCGGGGACAACAGGAAGGAAGGAGGUUGUCCUGUCUCCCCGUGUUCGUGCCUGAGUAGAGUCAGGAAGAGGCUGGCAGGAGCACAAAAGUCCGGAAAGGCCAGCCUGGAGUUUCUGCUGAGUGUCAGUUGCCAAAUGUAAAGGAUUUAUAUUGUAUUCAAUGAACUACACAAUGUUAAAGAGUAAACAAAAAGCCUCCUGUGAGCUGGGAGGAGAGCUGGACCUGGGCAACACUGCUGAGCUGUUUGGGGGUGUCUGAGUGGGUGCCAAGCUCAUGUCUCUUAAGUUCCCUCCCUACUUUAAUAUUCCUGUUCUGUGCCCUACCCCAGGUCCCCCAGCUGCUCCCCUCAGGAAAUGCUGCACUGAGGGGCCCCUUCAGCCUGUGUAGGCUUCCGUGAAAGGCCCAGGCAUCCCCUCAUCAGCGCCAGAUGGAAAAGGGGACAGGCUGUGGGAGAGACCCCAGGUGUCAGCUUCAGGAAGUGGUGAGGGGGUGAAGGCUGACUGCUUCCGGGAAGGGCUGAGGUGGAGGAAGGAAGAGGCCUGUGGGGUUUUUGUGGGCCAGUCUGCCUCCCCUUCCCAAGAUGAGGUGUCUUGUGUUUAAGGGGACAGUCCGCCUUUCCUCUGAGCUCUUUCUAGCCCUGCGUCCCGUCAUCCAUGCCACAGCUCGGUGCCCGCUAUGGGCCAGGCAUUACACUGGACUUCGGGGGGGCCCUGCCUGCCACCUCCAGUCCAGCUCCAGGCCUGCUCUGGUGUGAUGCAACUCCUCUUCUCAGUAAGCAUCUGCCAGUGGGGAGGGGUGAUGCUUCCAGUGAGAGGCCUAAACCUAGAGCCCCCAACAAGGGGGUGCCUGGGGGCCUCAGUCGGUUAAGCAUCCGACUUGACUCGUGAUUUUGGCUUGAGCCAGGGUUGCCAGAUGGGGCCCUGUGUCCGGCCCUGUGCUCAGCAAGGAGUCUGCUUGUCAGGGCGCCUGGGUGGCUCAGUGGGUUAAAUCCUCUGCCUUCAGCUCAG